CGGUACCGUAGCUAUGGUUUAAAUUGGCGCGGCAAAUCAGCUCCUACCAGCCUUUAAUUUUUCUCUCUGAAAAGAACUCUCAAUUCACAUGCCGCGCGCCCUCGUCCUGUUCUCCGCGGCCCGGCCGCCUGCGGACAACGAGGUCCGCACGCUGGUCCUGCCGCAUCCGCGCGGCGGCGAGCCGGCGCUCUUCGCCAGAAGUGGAAACGCCCUCGUAGAGCUCCAGCGCUCGAAGAGCGACCACGGCGCCUGGUUCGUCGACGACGCGGCGCACGCCGGCGCGGGCGUCGUCGUCGCGACGCCGUACGACGCGCGACUGAGUUUGCUCUCGGUCCUCACCACGUCCGCGACGCGUCGGCAGUUCGUGCCGCUGGAGCAGGUCGUCGCCGCCGCGGGCCACGAGGGGCUCCGAUGCUUGCUGGACCUGGACCUCGGGCCGCUCGGGGCGUUUUGCGACGAGAAAGAUCUCGGCGACGGGUUGCGCCUGGUUCGGCUGGCCGAGGCGCCCACGGUCGUGGACUGGCUCCACGGAAAGGUGCGGCGCGUCGCGGCCGUCGUAGACGCUGCCGCCGCCGCAGAAACCGUCGGCGCAUCCGACGCCUUCGUGGCGGCGUCGGCCGGCGCGCCAGCGACCGCCGCGGUCGGGCCCUCGCGACGCGCGACGCUCCGGGCGGUCCAGACGGUCUGCGAGUACGUCGCCGACGAGUGGGCCGCGCAAGUCGCCGAGCGCAGCGGCGUCGCGCUUGCGGAGGUGUUCCCCGGCCUCGCGUCGCGGCCCAGCGGCGCCGAGAACGUCUGGGCCCACGAGGCGGAGGAGCAGAAGCUCCACGAGCUCGCCUUCGGCACGGCGGCCAAGCGCCAGAAGGUCGAGGCCGGUGGCGCCGCCGCGAAACAGAGCAGUACCAAGCAGGCCUCGAUGGCCAAAGCCGCCAAGGGCACGAAGUCCAUCACCGCUUUCUUCGGCCGGAAGAAAAAAAGGGUGCCGUAGCCAGUGGACCGGCGGGGAAUACUCUAAUCAUAAUAAAUUGGAAAUCCGAG